UCCUUUAUAUAAACAACAAAGAGAGCAACGACAAGUCCCAAAAAUCUCCAAGAAUCUCUAGUGAGAACAUCGUGUUCUUUUUGAAGAAAUAUUAAUAAAAAUUUGCCAAAUUUUUGCAAAGAAAAUUACAUUUUUCAAACCAAAUUCUAAUUCAAUCAUGAAGAUUCUUAUUCUAUUUAGUAUCUGUGCCCUUCUUGCAGUAGUACAAUGUACUCCAGUGGCAAAGGAAUUAAAGAAACAAGAAACGGUGAACUUUGCACCAGUGGAAGUCUCUGAGAAUCAUGCUGGAGAGGAAGGAGUUGAUUUGGUAGCAGCUGAAGGACACGGAUUCGGAUAUGGAAGAUACGGAGGGUACGGACAUCGUGGAUAUGGUGGCUAUGGUGGCUAUGGGGGAUGGGGCUACGGUGGAUACAGAAGACAUGGAUGGGGAGGCUAUGGAAGUUAUUCAAACAGUUUUUCCAGUGAAUAUUGGGGAUAAAAUUUGGUUUUCUUCAUAAUACUUUGUUGAUCAUUUAAAAGAAACAAAAAUAUUCAGUCCUAUUCAGCAAUCAAGAAAUCCUUUCAAUUGUUGAAAUUUGUUCUGAAAUUUCAAAUAUUUUAAGGAUUUCUUGGUAGCAGAAUACGAUCCAUUGAUUGUGCUCUGGCUUUGAAAAAAAAAACAAGAAAAAAAUUCAAGAAAAAAUAAAUAUGUUUAUCAGAAUA